CCAACAUGUUGACAGCUAUCGAUGCCGAUGGGGGUUUACCUGCUAGUCCAAGAUUGAGAUUUAACAAAGAAGGGUCAUUGUUGGCAGUCACAACAAAUGACAAUGGUAUUAAGAUUUUAGCCAACAAUGAUGGGUUGCGCUUGAUAAGGAUGCUGGAGAGCAGGGCUAUGGAUAAGAAUCGAGGCCCUUCCGAGCCUAUCAAUUCUAAGAAUUUUGCAAAGAGUCUACUUGAUGUUGCAGACAAGUUGGGACGUGCUUCUUCAGUUGUCAAAGAAAGUUUUUCAAAGAUUGACACAUCUAAGGAUUCAUCUGGGGCUGCUCCACUUUUAAAAACACUUCUAGAGGGUGUUGAAAUGACAUAAAAACAACUUGUAGAGUGUGGUGGGAAAAAUACAUAUACAUUUGGCAAAAUUAAUGAAAUUCGAAAUGAAUAGGCAACCAAGCUUCUUGAGCGGACGAGUCAUAGCUAGAGUAACUUUUGAAAUCAGAAUUAAAAAAUAUACUAAUUGUAGUUUUUAGUUAGCACUUACAUAGUUAUUCCAAGUCUAUAUUUUGAUCUUGCAAUU